CCUUUACCUGUAAUUUUUGAUAGAUAGUUCAGGAUGAUGUUGGCUAAGCAAGCCCCCUGCACUCGUCUCGCGACGUCUAGUCGUUCGGCAUGCACCGUGCCAGUGCGGGCUCUGGGCGCGCGGCCGUCUGCACGACGGGCCCUUCAGCCUGCCAAGGCGGUGGACUCGCCACCUGGACCGCUGGAUAGUAUCGCCACGAAGACUAUUGAAGACUUGGACACCGACUAUUGCGACGACUUCGUGUGCACCAGCUCGCCCGCUGUGGAGCAGACGGUGCGCAGCUUGGCACGCGAGCUGCAGCGGGGCCGCUACGCCGCAGCCACCCUCUACCAGCCGGGCGUGACCUACUCGGACGGCUUCCGCACGUUCACGGGAGUGGAGGGCUACAAGCGGCAGCGCUGGGUCAUCGACAAUGUGGAGAAGUUCAAGACGUCCAUCCUGCGUCUGCGCAUGCUGGACAAGGGCACCAGCGAGAUCAGCUGGCAGGUGGACGGCAGCCUGGGCGGCCAGCCCGUCAGCCUGCUGUUCACCACCACCUGCGAGCACAACCUGGUCACCGGCCGCAUCACCAACCACCGUGAGAGCUGGAACCUGUCUCGCUGCUCGCCGCCCGCCGCCGCCAUGGCCACCGCCAACCGCUACGCCUGGAGCGCCAAGCAGGCGGUGGAGGACGCCAAGGAGGGGCUGACCAAGGCGGCGGAGAAGCUGGGCGGCGGCGGCGGCGCCGACAUGAACAACCUGCCCUCGGACCCCACGCGGUUUUACCAGAACGGCGGCGGCGGUGGCCAGAACCAGGACCUGUUUGCCAUCGGCUUCCUCAUCGCGCUGUUGUACCUGGCCUUCAAGCUGUUUGGAGCGCUGGAGACACUGGGCUAAGGGCCUGACAUGGGCUGAGGGGCUGAAGGGCUUGGGGGUUUGAUGGGCUGAGGGGCUGAGGCAAGCAGCCCAGGCGGCUUCUGUGUCUCAGGCUGGCGGGACAAAGCGGGGGCUGCAGCAGCGCAGCCGGCACAAGCGGCAGAAGAGCUGCAGUGGGGGCACAGUAUUGGAAGAAGCGACGACGGCAGACGCAGAGGGGAGGCGGGGGCGGGCACUGUGGGGGCAAGACUAGGGAGAGUCACUUAUUGCUGAGUGGUAUGAGACCUGCACCGGUUUUGCUGUGGUGCUGCGACAGCGUGUGACUUGUGAACGACAAUUGCCAGCUUGUGCGUGUCCUGUGCGCGCUUGCCCAAGCUUUGGGCUGGAUGGAACCGAAACAGAUAUAAAUACAGUGGGUUAAGCACAACCGGUGUCCUCACUGUCCGUGAGUUUUUUUUGGUGUGUGCCGUGUCUUAUUUGUAUGUGCGCUUGCAUGAAUUGUGUGCCCAAGUGCCUCUCGUCAUGCACGGGGGGUUGGCACUGCAGGCAGCAGCGUUGUGGGCCGUGAUUUUGUGCGGCUGUUGGCACUCUGACAAAGGCUGGCGCACAAAGUUUUGAGACGUGCCCGGCUAUCCGGCCGUCUGUUUGUUGUGUGUGUCCACAUUGAAUCCGGGAAGCGGGAAGAGCUGGGAGCAGCUUCUGGGUGCGAGGCAGUUGGUUGCUUCUGGAGCAGAGGCGUUCGGAUGUUUGCAGCGGUGCAGAGCAAGGGCUUGUGCGUGGACUCCAGGCCUUGCAUUGUAUUGAAGGCGCCGGGACUUGGAGAUGGCGUGCAUUUUGCCGCUCGAGGUCGACUGAAGAAUGGCGUGCAUGAGGGCAGGCAAGCUGCAAAUAGCAUAGCGCAGCGGUGCAGUCCGGUGGCGACCUCAACGGCCACGAGAGAUAUGGCAGAUCGUAGAUGUAAACGAGGCAAGGAUAUCAGCAUUGUGAGUUGUGGCAGUUGCGAAGCCGGCGGCGAAGGAUAGCGAGGCCUGGACCGCCUGGACCCUGUUGUAAUUGCAGACAAAG